UGGAUUUUAAUCGAUGUAAAAGCGGGAUUUGCGUUACUACUGGAAAGUUGAACUUAAUGUCGUCGACAUUUUGGUGAAAUUUAAACAAUAAUUUACGCUAACUCUACAUCGGUUUAUAGGGCAUCAGUUUUAUCAACAGAUUCAGUUUUUAAUUUGUUAGUGUGGCACAGAAAAGCCUCCGAUUCCUUCUGAAGUUAUGGUAUAUGGUACUACCCAUGAUGCUUUGUUUAAGCCUAAAGGUAAUCCAUCUGGCAGUUUGAAAAUUUGUCUUUCAAGAUAAGAAAUUUGUGCAAGUAACCACUGGAUUAAAAUGUUAUGCAGAGAAUUUUUGUUAUUCAGCACACAAUUCAGAAAAUGCACACUUCUUCCUUAUGAUGGUAGACAAUAACCUGCUUUAAUUGUUGCGUUUGUAUUGUUUCUAAGUGCAGUUGUGAAGUUCAUCUAUUUUUUCAACAUGGCGAAGAUUAUAGAUAGCUUAGAGUGUGGAAAAUGUGGAGAAGUUUUUCACCAGUUAGAAGUAUUCAUCAAGCAUAAAAUGUCAAAUUGUGCACCUAAAGACGAACUUGAUGACAGUGGACUGAAAGAUAACAAAAAGAACAAAAAAAUAGCUAAGAAGGCAUCUGUUGAAAUAAAGGGUACAAAUAAAUUUAGUAAAGAAACAGAAAAAAUGAAAAAGAAGCCACCUCAGUCUCUUAAAAGGAAAACUCCUACCUCUAAACCACCACCUUCAAAGAAAUCUAAAGUUCUUUUAAUGGAGAGAGAUACACCAAAAUUAAAAGGUGUAACAGGAUAUCUAUGGAAGAAACGUAUCAUGCAGGAACAGUUAAAAGAGCAGAAGCGACGACAGCUCAUGCAUGCCAAGAGAAAACCUGUUGCGCAAUAUCAGUCUGAUGAUGAAGGUUCUUUUGAACAUGUAGAAGAAUCCUCAGACAGUGAGGAUUCUGUACACAUGAGAGCAGAAACACAAUGUGGAAGAUGUGCUGGUUGUUCACGUGUGGAAGAUUGCAUGGAAUGUGAAGUGUGUCUUAGGAAAUUGGAAGAUCCUGAUAUUGAUGAUGUAUGUAUGUUAAGAGAAUGUACAGCUGAAGCGGAUGAAGAAAUUUUUAAAGUGGAAAAAAUUCUUGCUAAACGUUUUCGACAUGGUCGUUUUGAGUACUUGAUCAAGUGGAAAGGUUAUCCUAGCUCUGAAAACACAUGGGAGCCAAAAGAAAAUAUUUUAAGUCCAGCUUUGCUUGCAGAAUUUGAAAAGCGUCAUAAUCAGCUUGUAUCUAAGCGACCACAGCAAAUAGUUCCAACUGUAAGAAAGAGAAAAAAGUUUUAUUACACUGAAUCAAGUGAUGAUUCAAGUCAAGAUGAAAGUCGUGCAUCUAGGAUGUUUUCUCCAGCCACUGCAUUAGAUGCAAAACGAGGACGAUCGAGUAAAAAGGCUGCUAUGGACUUCAUUAAGACUGUGUGUCUAAAAGGAAGACGUCCGAGUCCAGAAGUUGUUCAUUUACCCGUUAGCAUUGUGGCAUCAGAAUCUGAAUCUAGGUCGAAAUCACCAUCUCCUGAACCAGUAAAGAAGAAGGUUAUCAUUGAAAUUCCUGAUCCUAAAGAGAAAGGAAAAUUCAUAAGAGUGAAAGGCGAAGCAAAGGAUAUAAAAUUUUUGAAAGAUUGUGAUCUUAAUCCUGUUGUUGAUCUCGGUGUACCUGUACCUGAAGAUGAAGAAAGUAUUCAGUCUCUUGUUUUUGAUGAUAUUGUCAAACGACGUGUCUCUAAAUUGAAGGAAAAAGACAAGAAAAUGAAGACAGUAGAAACAAAAUCUAAAAAUAUUUCAUUGCAAAAACAAGCCAAGAUCAGUGAUACAGAAAAGCAUUCUCCAAAAACUCUGACACCUGGGAAAAGUUUAUUGGCUAGUAAACAAGUAAAUCAAAAAGUAGCAAAACCGGUUGAGAUUGCAUAUGACAAAAAGAAAAGAGUGACAUAUCAAGAAAAGAUUGAAAAUUUGAUAAAUCAGGAAAAAAAUCAAGAAGAUUAUAUAUCUUUUGAUGAUCUUGAUGACUCGUUUAGUGGAGGUGAUUCGAAAACAUUGGCAGAAUUACGGGAAAGUUUGCGUCAGAGUAUGAAAAAGAGUGAAAAUGAAAAGAAACCGGCGCAGCCAAAACUUCCAGAUUCUGUUCCAAAAGUGGGAGCCAGAAAGAAUUUCGUGCGUCCCUUAAAACCAAAAGUACCUAACCAGGUACCUGUUAAUCAGAUCAAUACUAUUGAUGAAGUUGCUUCAGGCAUUUCAAAUGGCACAGCUGCUAAUAAACCCUUAGCAACUGGUGGUAAAGAUUCAGAAGCCACAAAUGAGAGAGUAUUUGUUGUCAUGCCUGAUGGCAGUAUGGUUGAAGUCAGCACUGCAAAAAAUGAUACUAAUCAGUCUAAAACUACUCCUGAAGCAGUUCCAAAGAAAUCUCCAAAGGAGAAACCAAAACCAGCUGCUAAAACUAUGUCCACAACUCCAAAGAAAACUGUGCCUCAAGUAUCGUUAGAGGAUUGCACUGUGGAUGCAGUUGAUGAUAGCAGAACUUUAAAACUUCCAAACACAUUACAGUUGGUUCAAAGUGAAUUACCAUUGACUGAAGCUGAGAACAGUAGUAAACUAAUUGGUAUGUUUUUAUUCCGUCAAGUUAUUUCACCAAAUGAUUCAAGUCAUAAGUGUCUUCUUUGUCCAACCAAAAAUACUUUUCGUUUUCUUUUGGAACUGGAGAAACAUUAUAGUACAGUUCAUGAACUAGCUUCACAGACAUUUAAAGCUGAAUUCAGCGAAAAUAUUGUUUUUGUGUGUGUGCCGCCUGAUGUUACUGAACAGACUACUCUUAAUUCAGUUUGUAGAUUUUGUGACAUAACCUUGAAAAACUUGGCUGAAGUUCGUUCUCAUUAUCCAACUUCACAUAAUAAAACUGUCCGGCUUGUGCAAGAACAGCAGGUGACUGAAUUAAGCACAUCACUUUUUUGCAGCAUCUGUGCAGAGAUGUCCAAAAAUUUUACAGAUCAUCAUACUCACAUGAAAAAUGUGCAUCGUAUGCAAACUUAUGUGUGUAAAUAUUGUACUUUCAUUACAUCGCGAGCAAAUCGCUUAAAAGCUCAUGUGAAACAGAAGCAUAAUCAGGUUUCAGCUGUUCCAACUGCUGCUGCCAUUAAAGGAAGUAAAAUAAAGCUGAAAUGCCCUGUUUGCCAACUAUUUUUGAAUGGAAAAGACAAUUUAGAUCAACAUAUUUUAUUGGCCCAUUCAGUUCAAACAGGUCCAGAAAUGUGGUCCUGUGCAAAAUGUCUUCAACCAAUUGGAACUGCAAAAGAAUUCACUGUUCAUGUGUUUGCAUGUGCAUCUAAAAAAUCUGUAGAACAUAUGAAACCAGCAUUUUUGAGAAAGACAUUAUGUGUAUAUAAAUGUACUCAGUGUGCUGCUACAUUUUUGUCGGAAAAAGAAAUUAAGAAACAUUUGGUUGACACUAAACAUACUCAAAAUUUUGAAAUCAUUAGAAACAAUGAAGGGAGCAUAAAACUUCUUGAAUGUUUCUUGUGCGAUAAGAAAGCUACAUGUUCUGAAACAUUGGUGAAGCAUUUUCUUCAUGUACACAUGGUCUGGAUUGAUAAAAAUUCUCCUAAAAGCUCUGAAGACAAAGAAACAGAUGCUCUUAAAAAUUCAGAUGAAAAUGGAGAAAUUUUAAGCACCCUUGUUAUGAAGGAUAUUCCCGGUAAAGAAGAAUUAGCAGAUCUUGGUUUGGAAACAAAAGUUGGCCAUUACUGUCAUCUUUGUGACAGUGUCAUAAAAAGUUAUCCUUUGUAUUAUUUACACAUGCAAGAUCUGCACUCUUCUGAGAAACGCUUCCGUUGUGCUAUAACAUCCUGCGAAAGCACAUACACUAAUUAUAAAGAGUUUCAGAACCAUGUGAAAGUUCAUAAUCAAGACCAUGCCCACAACUGUAGUAUAUGUGAUGAAACUUUCAAUACUGAAGAUGAAUUGAAAGAGCACAAUGUGUCUAUUGAACAUGCAAGUCACUAUAUGAAAAUGCACGAAAAGUGCAGACCUGCUGGCAUUGAAGCAAGAAAUCAUCAGUGCAAAGUUUGCCUAACCUGGUUUGGCAUGCAUCAAUAUUUUAUUCAGCAUAUGGAAAAUGAUGACCAUGAUUACAAAUGCCAAAAAUGUGGCUUGCAGUUCUUACAGCCUGAUUCUAGAAGAAUGCACAUUCAGAAAGUGCAUCCAGAAAUUGCAACAGUAUGUGAGUUCUGUGGUCGUAAAUUCCAAGCAACUCAAAGCGUCUGGGGCCAUUUAAAAACACAUGGCAUAGUGUUUGAGUGUGAAAUUUGUCAUCGACGAUUCCUUCACAAAGAACAAGUUGCAACUCACAUGGAAGCUCAUGAUCCACCAAUGCAAUGCCCUUGGAAAGGUUGCACUCGUCAACUUGUUACAAAAAUCAGUCUUUAUUAUCACCUUAAAACACAUCGAGGAGAUGAUGAUCACAAAUGUCCUUAUUGUCAGAAAGGAUUUAUAAAGCAAAAGUUAUUAGAAGCUCAUAUGAGAACUCAUGAGGCUGAUGCUGCUGCAUCCAAAGAGAUUGAUAAGCCUGCUGAUAAUAAAUCACACAGUGAAGGUGAAUUGAUUCAGCUUAUAUGUGCUGGCUGUGACAAAGGGUUUGAUGAUGAAGAUCAAUUUGCUGGUCAUGAUUGCAGUGUCACAAAACCCCUUGU